GGAUUUGUUCUCUCUGAAGUUUGGUUCUUGAUGUGCUGCCACAUUACCAACAGCAGCACACGUUGUUUUGAAAGAAAUCAAACGACGCAGUUUACCCGGCAAUAUUUAUACUUUGAAAGACAUGAGUGAUUUCAAAGUUUAUUGGAUCUUGAGUAUAUUUUCUGUUGUAUCUUCAGAUACUAUUCCAUCAUCAGUCCCGAAUCUUUAUCCCUCCUACGGCAUGCAAGUUGAUUCUUACAGUAAUAGAUACACAAGGCAUAUUUAUGAGGGCGAUUUAAUGAAAUUCGAAUGUUAUUUGUCUUCAUUGGGGGAUCCACCUAUUACAUGGACAUGGUAUUGUGGAGAAGAAGUGAUGAAAAACGUUACAUUUUCAAGCAACUACUUGCAUACAUACAUGAAUUUCACUGCUACACGGAAACACGACAAAAAACCUUGCUACUGCAGAGCAAAAUCACCUUCUACUAUUUUAUUCUACGAUGAAACCUCUCGGUAUCGAUACAAGAUGCGUGUAUAUCAUUCACCUUGGACACGUCCCCGAAUUUAUACAUUGUCUCCUAGAAGUGUACAGAACGGUGAAUACAUUCACAUCAAGUGUAUUCUCACAACACUGGGAUAUCCACAAAUAUCCUGGAAAUGGUUCUGUGGUGAAGAGCCUCCCCAGAAUGGGGUGGAAGUAGGAACAGAGACAUACUUAGCAUUCAAAGCGUCUCCAUCUCAUGACGGAAUGGUUUGCAGAUGUAGAGGAAUAUCAUCCUCUUCUUCUUACUAUACAUAUGACGAGGUAUCAGACCCUGUGACGAUCACCGUUUUAUCUACGACCAAAGAAGAAUCUGACUGCAUAUCAUCUGCAGCUUUUGGAACAACUACCGGGAUACUGGUGGUUGUUAUAUUAGCGUUAGUCUCCAUCUUAAUAUUACAGUAUAUCAGAGUAAAGAAAGAAGGUUUCUGCUCCUGUGAAAAUUUUGGGAAGGCAAUAGAAGGAAAAACAAGUGAAAACAGCGGUGAACAAAAUCCUACAUAUAUCAACGAUCAAUCCUACGAAGUACUGGAAAUUAACAGAGAGAGACUCUAGACAAAUCUCAGAACCUUGGAUUUCAGAAGAUUAUGGUACUUCAGUUGUGAUACAUUGUCUUGACAUUUCUUAAUUUGCCCAAUAUAUGCAUAUUUUUACUCUGUGGAUAAUUUUGAAAAUUAUGUUUUGUGUACAGAUUACUAACAUGAAAACCAUUAAUCGUUUUUACUAUGUGUUAAGUUUUUUCACAAAAGUAUGCUUAUAGAGCAGAUUUUGUUAAUAAUAUUG